UGUGUGUGAGUGUGUGUGAGUGUGUGUGUAUGGUGUGUGUGUGAGUGAGUGUGUGUAUGUAUGUAUGUGUGUGUGUGAGUUUGUGUGUGUGUCUAAGUGUGUGUGUAUGGUGUGUGUGUGAGUGAGUGUGUGUGAGUGUGUGUGUGUGUGUGUGUGUGUGUGUGUGUGAGUGAGUGUAUGUAUGUGUGUGUGUGUGUGUGUGUGUGUGAGUGAGUGUGUGUGUGUGUGUGUGUGUGUGUGUGUGUUUGGACUUUGGAGUGUUUGAGUAACUGGUGACUGGAACUGAUCAGUUUGGGUGAAAAUGGACAGAAUAUUUGUGCUUGUUUUAUUUUCUCUGGUUUUUAUUUUAAUUUCAGAUUUAUGGAUCAAAACUGCAGUUUCAGUGUUUGUAUCGAGGGAAGCGGCCCAGUCGCUCCUGUCCAGACACAAGCGCUACAACACCGGAGGUCUGGAGGAGAUGAAGGCUGGAAAUCUGGAGCGGGAGUGUAUCGAGGAGAGGUGCAACCUGGAGGAGGCUCGAGAGGUGUUCGAAAACGAGGAGAGAACUAUGGAGUUCUGGGCCGGUUAUAUCGAUGGGGAUCAGUGUUUAUCCUCUCCAUGUCAGAACGGUGGGAAGUGUACCGAUGCCAUGAGUGCCUACGUGUGCUGGUGUCCCAUCGGCUUCAUCGGGAAGAACUGUGAGUUCGAGAUGGCGCGACAGUGUGACGUGAAUAACGGAGGCUGUCAGCACUUCUGUUAUCUGGAUAAAAUUGACGGCGUUCAGUGUGACUGCGCUAACGGAUACAAACUCGGCAUGAACAGAAGAAGCUGUGAACCAUUCGACGAGUACCCGUGUGGGCGUUUGGCUCAGAACAUCGCUGACGUUCUCGCUUCACGAACUUUAAUCAGUGAAGAAACUGUAAACCAGAUUCAUUCAGUCGAAGCGGCGAACGUGACCGAGCAGAACUUCACGCUGCUGAACAUCACCAACAUCACCAACACCACCAACACCACCACCAGAAGCACCACCACCAACAGCACCAACAUCACCAACACCACCAGCAGCAGCACCAGCAGCACCACCACCAGACCAACAUCUGGAGACGAUUACUGGGCGUUUUUCCCGACUCUACCCACCGUCACAGAGGAGAAACAGGAACGCCAGCGGAUCGUCGGAGGGUUUGAAGCAACUCCUGGAGAGAUACCCUGGCAGGUGGCGCUGGUACAAAAGGGCAGUGACCUUGCGUUCUGUGGAGGAUCACUCCUGAGCAGCACAUGGGUCAUCACUGCCGCCCACUGUCUGAUUGAAGGAGGGGUGGGAUCCUUUUUUGUACGAGUAGGAGAACACAACGUUAAAAUUAAAGAAGAGCAUCAGAGCGAUCACGAUAUAGAGAAACAUCUCAUCCAUCACAGCUACAACUACCACCAUGGGCACAACCACGACAUCGCCCUGCUGAAGCUCAGAACGCCCGUCACCUUCUCCGACUACGUAAUUCCCAUCUGCCUCGGCCCCAGACUCUUCACGGAGAACGCACUGAAGAAGGCGCCGCACUCCCUGGUGAGCGGGUGGGGCCGGGUGCGAUACGGAGGCCUGGUGUCCGACACCCUGCAGAAGGUGGAGGUUCCUUACGUGGACCGAACCGAGUGCAAGGGCAGCGAUAAGAUCUCACGCUUCAUGUUCUGCGCCGGGUACAACACCGUCCAUAAGGACUCGUGCCAGGGGGACAGCGGCGGACCUCACGCCACCAAACACGAGGGCACCUGGUUCCUGACGGGGAUCAUCAGCUGGGGGGACGAGUGCGCUAAAGAGGGGAAGUACGGCGUCUACACCCGCCUGUCCAGGUACAUGAACUGGAUCACCAACGUCACGGGGAUCAGAGCUGGACCGUGAGGUUUAUCCAAUAAAACCUAAAUAUCCACGACUAACUGUUCAACAAUAAACUAAAACCUGGUUAAUUAAGAUCUCAGUUCAUGCUGGACGAUGCUGUGGACACUAUAUGGCCAAAAGUAUGUGGACACACGAUUAGGAGCUUGUAGGACCUCCUGGUUCUAAAUUAUGAGCAUUAUUAUUAGGAACACCAGCCUUCACUCUUCUGGAAACGUUUUGUAAUAGCUUUUAGUGUGUGUCAAUUGGAAUGUAUGACCACUCAGACAAUAAAGCAGUUGUAAGAUCUGGCAGUGAUGUUGGUGAGAAGUCCUGGCUCACAGCUGACAUUCUAAUUCAUAACAAAAGUGUUUACUUGGAGCUCGUCCAGACCAAACUCGAACCAUUUAAACCACUUCAUCUCUCUCACUGUCCGACUGUCUGAUUUACUCUGUAUUUUAUUCUUUUAUAUAUUUUUGCUCAGAUCGUUCUGGACUCAAACUGACCACAAUAACUGAUGUGACCAAUCAGGAAGGGAGGGAAUACUUUAUAAUGCCGCUGUAUUAAAAUGAAAGAAGAAUUUAAGAAAGGAAGGCAGUCUGGAUCUCAGUGUUAAUUAUUAAUAAAUAAAUAAAAGAUUUUAGCUGGUGUGUGUAAAUAA